AUUCACGCUUUUGAAACCGACUGUGGUCGAAAUGAAACCGAAAAACGGGGACGUUAAAAGAAAAAGAGGCUUCGGGCCGAUUUUAUACGACACAUACAAAGAAUUCGCGGAAAACACGAGCUUACACGGAUUAAAGUACACUGUGAUGAAAGAUAUCGGUAAAUGGGAAAAAACGUUUUGGCUACUGGUACUAUUUUUCGGUUUCGCAUGCGCCAUAUACUUAACGAUUCUCUUUUGGGGCCGGUACGUUAGCAACCCCACUCGUACCACCAUAUUGAGCUAUUAUGCCCCUACAACAACAAUACCGUUCCCAGCAGUCAGCAUUUGCAAUAUUAACAGAAUUUCGAAAACCAAGCUCGACAACUUCGUCGAUAAGCUAGGAAUAGACGAUGAGGAGGAGAAAAAAAUCCUCAUGGAUGCGGUUCCGAAGGUUUUAAUUAUAUCAGGCCAAACGGGGCUGUACAAAAGAAUCGAUGUCGAAUGGGCUCAAAUUGUUUUGAGAAGGCAUAAUAUUAAUAACCUGACCCAAUUCCUGGGGGAAGUGACGCAUAAUUGCAGCGAAACGGUGAUGCUUUGCUUGUGGAACGAGGAAAUUUUAGAUUGCUCCCAAAUAUUCAAUGAAGCGCUCACUAGCAACGGUUUCUGCUGCUCGUUCAAUUACGGAGAUACUAAAGUUAAGUAUGCUACUACCGAAUUCAAUGGCGUCGGCAGCGGUCUAACAGUUUUAUUGGAUCCUAAAAUCGAAAAAGUACAAUAUUCCAAUUACAAAUCAUCAGGUUUUAAGGUUAUUAUCCACGAUCCUGAGGAAUACCCAGGAGGUAGGGCAACUACCAGGAUGAUAACCCAAGGGAGCGUGGCCUAUAUACAAUUGUUCGGCAGCAAAAUGAUAUGCAGUGGAGCUGUGAAAGACCUUCCCAUAAGCCAAAGGGAUUGUUAUUAUACCGAUGAAAUGGAACUCGGUUCUUUCGGUGAAUAUACGUAUUCUAAUUGUUUAACGGAAUGCGAGGCGAAUUAUUAUUACAGUAAAUGCAAUUGUGUGCCGUACUUCUACGAUUUCACCGAUAAAACUAAAUGUGAUGUCUCAAGUUUGACUUGCAUAUUCGAUAUUCGUUCGGACAUUGCGAAUUUGUCCAAAAUCUGCGAUUGUCCUACCCAAUGCGAAGAUGAUUUUUACGACAUUGUUUCGGAAUAUUCGGAUUUUGAAUACACGAAGAGCAUGUUCAUGUUUUCUUAUGAAAAUGCCACAAUAGAUAACGAAACUAUCCUUUUAAAUGUAUUUUUCAACGAACAGAUUCAAAUAGUGUUCAUGAGGGAUACGAUAUUUUCAACAAUAUACUUGCUAUCAUCAUUUGGGGGAGUGUACAGUCUUUUCCUCGGUUGCAGUUUAAUUACAAUAGUAGAAGUUUUGUAUUACUGCACCUUUCGAUUAUUCAUAAACAUGAAGCACUCGAGUUUAACGCCAGCAGAUGAAAAACUAUUUAACAGUAAACAAAUCUAUACGAUAUACAAGGAUCGGAAAAACGAUUUUGUUCCGCAAUUUUUGCCGUAGGAAUUGACUUACACAAACAUUUCUUGAGAGGUUGAGAAAAUAAAAAUUGGCUAUGAAAAAAAUCACUUUUAUUUAUUUUCGAAAUAACUUGUAAACAUCUGUACUGACAAGACAUUAUGGAAGAUUACAAACAUACCAUUACAAACAUUAAAGUUACGAUUUCCAACCGAAGUUUCAACUAAAAUGUGUUUAUUGAUUGACUAAUCGAUACACUGACAUUGGACGGUAAUUAAUAAUUUAAUCCAGAAUGAAAUUAGCGUGUUCUGGUGUCUUUUACGAACGAAACGAACUACACUUGCUGCAUUUUCUCACUUGUAGUGUAAUGUUGAAAUAAUAAAAUAACAUUUUACAAAAUAUCUAGAUAUUUCAUUUCUCUGAAGACAUUUAUAAAACUACUCUCGGUGUAUGUAAACUAUUACAAUAAGAUAUCACAAUGUACAAUCCCAAUUUUAAAAAUAUUUCUAGCUGCCAAUUAAUGUGGUGAAUCGAACAAAAAUAUCAAAAUUGAUUAGUCUCUGUAAAAAGGUAGAUAAAAUAUUUAACUAGGCUGUUCACGCCCCUACAAAAUUCAAACAACGCGUAGAGGGAACAAAUCCGAUGGAUUUUCGCAUUAAAUUAGUAGUAACAACAUUUUUAAAAAGUGCCUAUACUGUUACUAGCAGUAAUCAAGUUGGCUCAAUGUUCCCAAUGUUUGGUUUCGUUGAAAUAAAAAAGUUAUCUCACCUUUACUAAUUUGCAUUAGCAAGAUAAGAGGAAGACAGUAACGAAAACAAGACUCUUAAAUAAGACAUUUCUAAAGUAAACAUUUACUGGCAAUUUUUUUUGGCUUGAUUUCUCACAAAUUACGCUAGUACUUUUUUUAACAAUAGCCUUAUUUUCGAAAAAAAUGCAGAAUUCAAAUUAUUAUAAUUCAAUUGGAACUGUUAAUAUAGCGACUCCUGUAAAAUAUUAGCUUUAUCGAUUGAGCAUUCAUCAGUAUGACACGUACAAGUUAACAAAUUUUCCCAUUUGAUUGGUUUUAAUCGGUAGAACUGUAGAUUCCCUAAUAUUGGACUUCAAGUAAGAUUAUUUACAUUUACAAUAUUCAGUCUAAAUCACCGCACAAUUAUUCAACAAUAACAUAACAACUUCACCAAAUAAUCGUCGAUUAAUCAACGCUCGAUUGCUAAUCAAUCCAGUCAUUGAGAACGUAAUAGAAUUUCCUAGCGAAAAUUUUCCGCACAACUCAUUUUAUUGCGAUAUAAUAUUUUCAUUUUAGUUGCCUUUAACGUUUAAAAAUUAUCCCGCGUUAUCCAUUCAUCAUGUUAAUUUAAAAGUGUAUAAUUGUCUCAAAUACUAAUUAAUAUAAUGCACAAAAUCAUAAGUCAUCUUGUUUUUCAUUACAAUAAUUUGUAAUAAACACGUUUUAAUGCUUAAUGUACACAAUCUACACAAUUGAAAUUGACAAUACAAUCGAAAACGAAGGUUCAAAUUACCUUUUAUACUCUUAUAGUCAAUCCGGACUGUCUUUAGUCCUUCUAGGUUUUAGAUAGGUCGGAAUAUACAGGGUGUCGCAAAGAAAAGUAGCCGUUUAGAGUAAGAAGAUACGUUUUAUUGAAAAAGUGGAUUGAAAAAAGGGGAUUUUGAUAAAGUACACUGUACAGGCGAUGCAAAUUAAAUAUAUUUGCGAACACCGCAUGUUUUUAUGAUUAGACGAUUAAAAAUUACAAGCCGAUUAAAUGGGCUACUUUUCAUUGGGACACCCUGUAUUGAACAUUAGUAAUUAGUCAUUUUAUUCAACGUCAACUAAGUCUCAGUCUUGGCUUUUGUUUUUAUUCUGACAAUGCGGCUGCGCAAUUGAAAUAUUAAUUAUUCCCGAAUUAAUAGAUGUGUUCAAUUGGACAACCGUUAUUUAGAAAUUUGGCAUGCCUACUCUCGCAAUCUAAACUUUUAGAAAAUAUACAAAUUAGGAGGAUUAGUUUUAUUAAAAUAUCGUUUAUUAAUAUUACUUAAAUUAAACUCGCAUUCUACAGAUGUGUUCCAUAACAAAUAAAUUAACAAUCUUCAUCCUCCUUUUGAUUAAACCUUUUUCACUUAAUAAAAUUCAGUAACAGCGAAUUGCACUAAGAGUUUUUUAAUAAAAUAAAUAGUAGUUUUUCAAAUAAAUUAGCACGUUAAUUAUUAAAGAAUACUGAUCUAUCCUGCAAACGUAUGAAAUAAUUAUACUUAUGCAUUAUUUCACAUAUACUACAAUUGAAUAAAACAAUAAUUUCAAACAUAAUAAUAAGUAAUUAUAUACUGGGCGAAAUGUAUUUCCUCGACGAGUAGUGUAAUGUUAAAUUAAACAAUGUAGUUACAUAAUAAAGAAAUGGAACAAAAUCAAAUCGAUAAUAAUAGGUAUGCUACAAUAGCAGGAUGAAACAAUUUUGAUACUUAUCUGUAUUUUUCGGUUAGGUUGAUUAGGUAAAGAAACUUUAAAUCAGUCCAAGGGCGUAUGUUAAUGCAAAAAACGAAUAUUCUCACAGAAAUAUGCACAUAAUCUAUCUGUAGAAUUAUGUAUGUAUAUAUACAAUUGUUGUACAAAAUACUAUAUAAAACAUUUUUCAAAAUUUAUCAUCACUUAGGCCUUCAAACAUUAGAUACCAUCUGACUAGAAGAAAAAAAAAUUAAAUCGAAGAAUGCAAUUUCCUGGAAACGCAUUAAGUUAAAUUUGCAUUUCUAAUACAGUAAACGGUGAAGCUGCACAUUUUCCUACGAUGUUAUUUCAAAAAUUAUCGAAAACGUCCUAGAGCUCAUCAAAUGAACCUAUGCUCACAAAGAACAACAUUUCGAGCACACUGUACAUAGGAAUAAUAAAAAUAACAAUCAAUCAGUCUUUUACGCGAUUUCCUUAGAGGCUACGAUUACUAUGCAUUCGAAUUCUGACGAAAAAUUGUUCUGACGACUUCUGAUGAAUCGUCCGAAAAAACAAACUCCUUGUUUAUAAUAAGAGUGUUUAAACUGACAACGACAAAAACCUUCGUCAGAACAAAUUUUCAUCAGAAUUGGCAUGCAUAGUAACUGUAGCCUAACUUGACUACCACAUUUCCAGAAACGCCAAAUACAAUCAGACGUUUACUUCUUAUCGAACAGCGGCAAUUUAGACCUGACCGCUCCCUCGCACACCACCAACCUAGAACAUUUCGGCCGUUGCGGCACCAAGUACGAACCACCCGCACUCGAAUUUCCCGCGUUGUCCAACGACCGCCUCAAGCUGGCUAUCCUCGAGCUCAACUGCAAGCCGCCCCUCACGCCGCCCGUGUGCCGCCGCAGGUUCGCCCCCUUCCGCUCGAAGUACUCCACGAUGCUCGAUAUAUUGGGCUUCAGAUCGUUGGGCCAAUCGCAGCUCGUCAGGCUCGACACGUCCUCGCUGCUGUCCGUGUAGAUCGACGAGGCGCGCUUGCAGAGCGCCUGCAGCUCGGCGUGCUCCAGCUCGUCGAGCGAUCGCAACGAGCUGACGGCGGUGCCGCUGUCGCCCCACAGGCUGUUCGACGACAGGCACUCGCCCACGCUAGAGUAAAAACCCGAUUCGCACGAGCCGCGCCGGCGCAGCGCCGCGCCCGACUCGCCGGCGAACUCCAGCAGAUUGGAGCCGGAGCCGGCCCUGUACAGCGGAUGGACGAACAGCGGCGAUUGGGCGGCGCCGGCCGCCUUGCGCGACGCCGACGGCGAGCCGGGCAGCGAUUUCGGCGCGUCGGCCGUCUCGACGAGCGGACAGGGCAUCUCGCAGCAGGAGGAGAAGUUGCCGAGGAUCUUGCGGACGCCCUGGAAUUGGGCGAGCGCCGCGAACGGGUUGGU